AUGGCCGACCGCUAUCGUCACAAUCGCCAACCGGGCACAAGGCAGCCUUUGGGCGAGCUGCGAAACCAAGCCAACACGCCACCGGUUCAGCAGCGGCGGGCGAGGCCCAGCAAGGCCGUUUCGACAUCACCGCAGAAUCUACCUCACAACGAGUCGCUCGAGCCCAAUGGCUCUCUCGCCAUCCGCGGAAGCAAUCCUAGUUCGCCAGAGUACAAGCGCAUCUCACAGAUUGCGAGCGAGGAGCAGCCACGAGAAUCCAAGCGCAACUCUGCCAUCUCAACGACGUCCACCAACGCUUCAGCAACAGGCCGGAAACGCAAAACCUACAUCGGCCAGUGGCAGCUGGGCAAGACCAUCGGCAAAGGCGGCUGCUCACGCGUUCGCGUGGUGAGGCACAAGACGCGGCACCAAUACGGCGCGGUCAAGAUCAUCACGCGUGCGACUGCCGAGAACACGCGCGCGCAGAGUCUGGCAAAUCUCAUUGAGAGCACCAAGAGUAGCAUGUCUAGCGCUUCUGGACACAGGCCGAUCCCAUAUGGACUGGAACGGGAGAUUGCAGUCAUGAAGCUGCUCGAACACCCCAACAUCGUGCGGCUGUUUGACGUGUGGGAGAACCGCAAUGAGCUCUACCUUAUCAUGGAAUAUGUCGACGGUGGCGAACUGUUUCACUACGUUGAUGAGCGCAAGGGGCUGCCCGAAGACGAAACAGUCUACAUCUUCCGCCAAAUUGUAUCAGCACUGUUGUACUGCCACCGUCUCCUCAUCUGCCACCGCGACCUCAAGCCGGAGAACAUCCUGCUGAACCGGGAGAACCUGACAGUGAAGCUUAUCGAUUUUGGCAUGGCCGCUCUCCAGCCUGCAGGUCGACAGCUCAGUACGCCGUGCGGCAGUCCUCACUACGCCGCCCCAGAAGUUGUUAGCAGCAGACCAUACGACGGGACCCAAGCAGAUGUCUGGAGCUGUGGCGUUAUAUUGUACGUCAUGCUUACCGGAACCACGCCAUACAACUACUCCGAAGAGGGUGACAUCCGCGUCCUCUUCCGCGACAUCGCCAAGGCAGACUACCAUCUGCCGCCCGGACUCGGCGCAGAGGCGAAGGACCUCAUCAGUCGCAUAUUUGUACCAGAUCCGAAGAAGAGGAUCACGAUGGACGGUGUUUGGGAACACGCACUCUUGCACAAGUACGACAGGCAGUUUGGAUACGAUGGUCGGAUGGGGAGCAAGGAGGCUGCCAUUGGGCCAAUACCCACCUUGACGGACUUCAAAGUGAACCGCAUCCAGGACAUUGACCGCGAGAUCCUGCGCAACAUGCGCACCUUGUGGCACAGUGAGCCGGAGCGGAGUCUUGUACAGAAGCUGCUCAACAACGACAUCAACCAGGAGAAGCUGUUCUACGCUGCCUUGGUGAAGCAUCGAGAUGAGAAUUUGGAGAACUACUCAGGCCCGGACGACAUGGAUUACUCGAACAGCGACUAUCAUCAUAACCAGGCACCGAAGCAUCUGGAUGUUCCGCCAGUACCAGUCCCUGCUGGCAGAUCUCAAUCACAAUAUUCCAUUUUGAACGACGAGCACCUUCGACCAGCAGAGAGUUUCGUCAACUCACCACCUUCGGUCAGCAGCUAUGACCCUUACAGAGCGUCCAAGGAUCCCAUCGUAAACGGCAGAGGCGAGUAUGUCAAUGUUACUGUACACCGCAAUGGCAGCCGGGGCACUCUUCAGGCCAGUGUCACCCGCAGUCUUCGUCACCAGAACGCCUUGCGCAUCGAGGUCAUGAAGCAGGGUGGACGUCGUGCAUCCAAUCUCUCCUCGUCUAGCCUGGCGCAUUCUGCAAACAGCAAAGGCUCAGUGAGACGAUCUUCCGCCUCCGAUCACUCCAUGACCAGCUCCAUGUGGCCAAGCAGCCCGCCUAUGAUCGCGAAGAUGCGCCCUUCAGACCGGCACAAGAGGCAAGUGAGCUUUGGGCAUCUGCGACGCUCGUCAAUAACAAGUGGCCUGGUCUCCCAGACAUCGGAGAAGACGCCGCCCACGCCUAGCAUCCCGGACACGUUGCGCGACCGACGCACGUUGCGACCAGCCAACCCACAGCCUCCGAGUUCCAGCCCUGUGGCACCGGUUCAUCAGCCUGUGCGCUCGAAGAAGGAGAAACAUGCAGUGCUCGAGACUCCGCGCAUCAAGGUGCGUAAGCCAGCGGAGACGCCGAGCCAGAACAUGCGAAGGGAUAUCCGCAAGCACAGUGCAGAGCUGGAGAAGGCUUGCGAGGAGGCCUUCUUCCGCAGUUCUGUCGGCUCGAGCUUGACCGCGCAGUCGACUUUCUCGGAGAAGAAUGGGCCGUUCGACACACCACCAUCUUCAGUGUCGAGAGGAGGGUCUGGCACGUUUGAACAGAUCAAGCCCAAGUCUGUCGCUCGUCCGCUACCAGACGUUCCAAAGGACACACCUAAUACGUACCUCACGAAGACGCUGGCGGAGACAAGAGAGAAGCUGGCUGCAUAUCAGUCGAGCGGUGACGACAAUACUGCGAAGUUUGAGGAGGUCAUGAAGAUGCUUGAGACCAUCAUGCCAGGGUCACGUCUUGUUGAUGAGAAGCGGACUACAUCUGCUCCUGAGACCAAGACUGGUGGCCAUCCCAACUUCCUUCCAGUGAUCUCGGAGGAGAGCGACCAACGCAGCCAACGUCAAGGUACCAGCAACUGGCAGCGAUCUGUCACUGCGCCUGUGCAGAAGGACAGUCGGCCGGUCGACAAGACUAUUCGCGUUGUCCCGCCGUCCCCAUCUGGAUUUGUCGCGCCGCUCAACGUCCGCAAGCAAAGCAAUGGAAGUGAGGCCAGCAGUGGUCCGAACAGAACAUUGAGCGUGAAGACUUCCGCGGAUCGACUGAGCUCUCGUCAUGCUGAUGCGCAAGCUGGAGGGCUGGAGGUCAUUGACGAGGAUACCACGCUCACGGCCACACCCGCAGUCCUCCGCAAGAAGAGAUCCGGGUGGUUCGGGCUUGGGAAGAAGGUUACGAAUCAAGACAGCAAGCCCAGCCCUUCAGAGACACCAUCGAGCUUCCAGGAGAUCGACGACCGCCAACAGAGACGGCCUUCGAGAGUGCUUAGCAAGCCGCCUCCUGAGAAGGCUACUUCAGAGGAGCCUCCUCUUUCGGCGCAGUCGAGCGAGUUUCCGACCCGGAAGGAUAAGCUGUCAGGCGCGAAGAAAGGUCUGUCAAGGUGGCUGGGAAAGAAGAGUGGUGACAAGGCGGAGGAAGAGGCCUCAGCGGCAGAACCUACCUUCACCAAUCGUUCGCUCGACUCCCUCUUCUCCGCAGCAUCACCCGUUCCAUCAAGCGACGACAGCCCACCCUCAACCGGCCCCGAGCGCUCCUGGUUCGCCCGGUUCUUCCACAUCAAGCCCGCAGUGAAAGUCGUCUGCUUCUCCAUCCCACGCGGUCGAGCACGCCAGGAACUCGUCAUCCUGCUCCGUGAGUGGCAGCGCCACGGUGUGCAAGACCUCCAGUACUCCCGCGAGACGAACACGAUCACCGCGAGUGUGGGCAAGCACAAUGCGCUGGACAUCAAGCCCGUCAGCUUCCGCAUCGAGCUCUUCGUCGUGCUGGAGCAUGGACGUAAGGUUGGGUUGUCGAUUGCGCGGUUCGUGCAGACGAAGGGGGCUGCGAGUGGGUUCAAGAGGGUGAUUGAGGUUGUGGAUGGGGUCAUGAGAGGGAGAGGGUGGUUGGUCGAAGACGAAGAGAAGUGGAGGGCGUUGAGUGAGGUCGUUGGUGGGUGA